AUGCUGUCUCUCUUGCUGAUCCUCUCAGGCCUCGGCCGGCUGACCUCCGUGGGCCCGCAUUCUGAAACACCAGUUCUGCAAAUUACAGUACCACGGAAGAUCCAGACAAACACCAAUGAUGGCGAUGUUUCAGAAACGCAUGCCACUUAUUCCAUCAAAAUUGAGGGGAAACCAUAUACUUUCCUGCUUGAAAGACAGUCAUUUUUACACCCACAUUUCCUGGUGUAUUUAUACAAUGAAUCAGGAACAUUGUAUGUAGAUUCUUCAUUUUCAAAGGGUCAUUGUUUUUACCAAGGAUAUGCUGCAGACAUUCCAAAAUCAGCUGUGACACUACGCACGUGUUCUGGACUCAGAGGAUUAUUGCAGUUAGAUAAUAUUAGUUAUGGUAUUGAACCAUUGGAAUCUUCACCUACAUAUGAGCAUGUAGUUUAUCGAAUAAAAAAUGAUGCUAUCGGUCAUUUCUCCUUUCAAGAAAAUUACCCUGUGGCUCAAUAUAUAGAUCAGUCCUACAGGAUUCUUGUCAAAUCAGAUAUAAAUUCAGGUGCCAUGCUAUCGAAAAGAACUCUGAAAAUACAAAUCAUUAUGGAAAAAGCCAUGUAUGAUUAUAUGGGCUCUGCGGUGGCAGUUGCAGUUGAGAAAGUUUUCCAAAUCUUUGGUCUUAUCAAUACUAUGUUUUCCCAGCUUAAUAUAACAGUUAUGCUGUCUUCCUUGGAGAUCUGGUCAGAUCAAAAUAAGAUUUCAACAAGUGGUCAUGCUGAUGAAAUACUACAGCGAUUUUUGCUUUGGAAACAAAAACUUUUGUUUCAAAGGUCUCAUGAUAUGACAUACUUAUUAAUUUAUAGGAACCAUUCUACUUAUGUGGGAGCAACAUAUCAUGGAAUGGCAUGCGAUCCAAAGUUUGCAACAGGAAUUGCUCUGUAUCCAAAGAAAAUCACUGUAGAGGCCUUUUCAGUUGUUAUGGCACAGUUGCUUGGAAUUAAUCUGGGAUUGACAUAUGAUGAUAUCUACAAUUGUUACUGUCCAGGACCUACAUGCAUAAUGAAUCCUGAUGCGAUACGAUCCCAUGGUAUGAAGUUUUUUAGCAGUUGCAGCAUGGAUGAAUUUAAACAGAUAGUUCUGCAGCCUGAACUUAAAUGUUUUCAGGAUAAAACAAUUUCAGAAAUGACUUACCAAAAAUCUGCAACUUGUGGCAAUGGAAUUUUGGAACCUGCAGAGCAGUGUGAUUGUGGCUAUAGAAAGGCAUGCACUUAUAAAAAAUGCUGUAAUCCUGCAGAUUGUACUCUAAUUGGAUUUGCAGAAUGUGGCAGUGGACCAUGCUGUAACAAUAAAACUUGUACGAUCUAUGCAAGAGGCCAUGUCUGCAGAAAAAGCAUAGAUAUGUGUGAUUUUCCAGAAUAUUGCAACGGAACAUCUGAGUUUUGUGUACCUGAUGUGAAAGCUGCUGAUUUAGAAUCCUGCAGUAAUAAGACUAGCUAUUGCUUUAAAGGAAUAUGCAGAGACAGGGAUAGACAGUGUUCACAGUUAUUUGGAAAAUUUUCUAAGUCUGCUAAUCUUCUGUGUACAGAAGAGGUGAAUUUUCAAAAUGACAAAUUUGGAAACUGUGGUCAACGCUGUCCUUUUUUUGAUAUCCUUUGUGGAAAGAUUGUUUGUCACUGGAUACAUUCAGAACUAGUACCAAUGACAGACUUAGAUAUACAAUAUACUUACCUUGGAGGUCAUGUAUGUUUGUCGGCACAUGCAAGAAAUGCUUCAAAACAAUUGGGGACCUAUACAGAAGAUAUAACUGCGUGUGGUCAGCAAAAGGUAUGUCAUUCUCGUGGAUGCAGAUAUCUUAGUGAACUAAAUAUAACAAAAUGUACUACAAAUUGUGGACCGAAUGGGAUUUGCAAUGACCGUUUCCAUUGUCAAUGUGAUCCUGGUUAUGCUCCUCCAGAUUGUGAUCCAUCAAUGUCAUCACCAGGAGGAAGUAUCGAUGAUGGAUUUUGGCUUUCAGUAGAUAAAAGUGUACCCUUGUUUCCAAAACAACGUGCUGCUCCUAAAAACAAUGGUCUUUUGAUCAGUUUCUACAUUUUUUCACCUUUGCUCAUUUUAAUUGCUAUUGUUAGUCUUAAAUGGAAUAAAAUGAAGAGAUUUUGGAGUAAAGUGGGAACAGUAAGCAGCAGAUCUAUCUCAGAAGACAGCAGUAGUAACAACAGCCAGUCACAGAGUUAA